UCGACGCUGUUAAAGACUGUCAGUGAACGUAAACAGUAAACACUGCGAUAGAACAGAAUGAAAAAGAACUUGGAGGUUAUUUGAUAUUUAUAAUUGUUUAUCGCAGAUAUUGUUAUUAAAUAUCAGCAGAAAAAUAUACCAUAAUUAAGUCCGAAACUAGAAAUAGGAGUAAACAUGACGUCGUUUUUAACUGACGUGCUAAUCACAGCAGGUAAAUUAGAAACAAUGAAUUUGAAUGAAAAGAUAACCGAAAUACAAAAAGAAGUAACGAAAUUGAAGUACAGUGUCCAGGAUUUUAUGAACGACAAUUACGUUGAAUUUACAUCGAAACUUACGAGGGAUCAGCAUUUAGUUUUGAAAGGGGAGACACUUCUUGAAGAAUUUAACGAAUUACAGAAAAGAAUAGAUGAUCAGGUGAAAAUAGAGCUCUCAGGAUCUACAAAAGAACUGAAGACUCUCUCGCAGGCAUUGAAGGAGUCGAACAUGAUGCUACAACUUUCUAAUCAGCUGUUAACUUUGCAUAAAUGCAUAAAGUCUAUAAAGAAUUAUGAAGAGGAGAAAUCUUAUAUCAACGCGGCCAAGAAGCUAUGUGAAAUGCAGACAAUAUUGUACAAUUCUCAAAGCGAUCUCCGUGAUCUCGACAUAUUUACAGCAAUCGAGGAAGAAUAUUUAAGUCUGUAUACUUCUUUUCUACCUAACACAUCCUCGUUGUUGCACGAACGGAUCUGCUGGACGGGCAUCGAAGACAAAGACUCAAAUAUUAUCACGUUAAGCGUCAAAGAUGAAUUAAAUGAUAUGCAGCAAUUGAUUCAAGGGCUGCAUUGCAUCGAUAAUCUCUCCAGCCACCUACAUAAAUUCGCGACCACCCUCAUGGACCAUGUAAUCAACCCUAUUAUCAACGACGAUUGUUCAGUCUACGUGACUAACACCAAAAUAUUCACAAUUAAGAUCUUGGACAAGAAAAAAUCGCCUAGCUACAAAAGCGUGCUGUACAAUCUAGAAUUGUUGUUCAAAUUUCUUUAUCAACACUUCAAUAUAAUCACGCACGACAAGGAAACGUUCCUGAAUGAGAUAAAGCCACACCUGCUGGACAGAUUGUCGGCGUCUCUAACGACUAAUUGCAUCUCGCGAAUUGUUCCUACGUCCAGCGCUGAUUUAAAGAACUUUACACCUAUUGUCCAGACAAUAUUCGAUUUUCAAAACUUUUUAGUAGACAUCGGCUUUCUGACGCCGGAAGAACUGUUUCUAUCGGAAUAUACAAAGAAUAUCGAUAAACUUUUCAUCGAAAGAAUUUGCCAGGAUUUAUUAGCAAAGGCACGGAACAUUAUGAAGAAAGAUUUGCACGAUUGUAUCACGUAUGAACCACAGGAACCGCUGGAGUUUUCUGGAGAGGCGUAUGAUUAUAAUGAUAUGAAAAUAGAUUUAAAAUUAAAUGAUAAAACGUUUCAACUUCCUAAAUGUCAGAUAAGUAAAAGUGCAAAGGAGACACUAGAUAUUGCGAGAAGUAUCCUAGACGAAGCAUGUAACAGUUCAGAUACCUGUGCACUUAGAUUAUUCUAUACGUGCCGAAAUGUUUUCGAAAUGUACUCAGGAUUAGUACCGGAACAUCAUAGAAAAUUUUUGGAAACGAUACCUCAACAAGUCGCUGUAUUCCAUAAUAAUUGUAUGUAUCUCGCUCAUAAUCUUCUCACACUGGGACAUGAAUACAGGGACAAGCUACCAGAGUCUCUAAAAGAUUACAAUCUAGCUUUCGCUGAUCAAAUACUAAUACUAAGGGACGUUGGAUCAGCGUAUUUCUUAGAACAUAUGAAAUAUCAACGAAAUAUUAUCUUUGAUAUUCUCAAAGAAUCGGGUUUGUCAGCGUUAGGUCAAACUGCGGAGCUGCAACCGAACACCGAACGUGCACUCAGACAGUGCAUUCGACAAUUGGAGUUACUGAAAACAGUUUGGCUAGACGUUUUACCUAUAAACAUAUAUUGUAGAGCUGUAGGAUGCAUCACGAAUUCUAUGAUUGAAGAUCUUACAAUUAGAGUUGUAUCCGUUGAAGACAUUCCUGCAGAUGUUGCGACCGAUUUGGGAACAUUAUUCAGUAUGAUAGUUAAACGUGCACCAAUAAUAUUUCCGGACCCUCAGAAAAUUCAUCAAUACGUAAGGAAAUGGGAAAAGUUUCUAGAACUAAUCAAAGUGCUUGGUGCUUCAUUGAAAGAAAUUGAAAUUAGAUGGGGAGGCGGUAAAGGACCGCUAGCACGGGAAUUUACAGCGUUUCAAGUGAAACAAUUAAUUAGAGCGUUAUUCCAAAAUACUGAACGCCGAUCUAAUUUGUUAGCUUCUAUAAAAUAAUAUUAAGUAAUUUACGUUCUAUUGUAAAAAAUUAAUUUUAUGCAUUUAUUACUAUAAUGAACUGCAAUUAUUAUGUUUUACAAUGCAGUACUGAAAAUACACUACUAUCCCUUUUA